AGAGACAAAGAAAGUCUUUGGGUGUAACAAUUAGAGAAGGGUGUGAGGAGGAGCUGCCAGGCUGAAGUCUAUAUAAUCCUCCUUUCACCUGCCCCAGUGCCGGGGGAGAGGAGGCGGAGGAGGUCCGGUCUGACCCGGAGCCCCCAGCGCCCACCGCCCACCGCGAUGGGGGCCGGGCGAACGGGCGAGGCUAUGUGCCGCUAGAAGGUUAGGGAGAGUCAUUGGAAUGAUUACCAAGUUGAGCUAUGGAGAAGCCGGAGUCUCUCGCACCUGUUAGUAACCUCAGUGCGGAACCCCCUGGCGGGGUUCCUAAGUCAGUAGUACCUGGAGGUGUCAAAGGUAUACAAACAGACGCCGGAUUACCCUCCGGAGUAGCCUUGUUUCGGGGUCCUGGCUCCCUCUUGCAUUCCGGGAACCCUGUGGUCCGCAGUCCUGGUCCAAUUCAGCCCUCUGAAGGAGCGGUGACCCUCAAUUCGGGUCCCGCUCCGCAUCUCCGGGAGGUUGCAAGCCUUGGGUCCAGCACACCCCCUGGCACUGGAACUGGUGCAACUAAGGCGUCCACCCCUGGGCCAGAGGAGCCUAAAGUGUACAACUCAGAGAGUAGUACACACUCCGGGUCAUCAUUCACGGAGCGGCCUCGAAGCAUCCUAAAAAACAGCAGCUCCAUUUUGAUAAAGAAACCCCCCGCUUCGGAAAAGAAGUCUCAGCGCUGGGAUGAAAUGAACAUCUUGGCUACCUACCACCCUGCGGACAAAGACUAUGGCUUUAUGAAGGCGGAUGAGCCCAGAACCCCCUACCACAGGCUGCAGGACGAUGACGAUGACCAAUCUGCAGAGUCUUCUCUGAAGGUGACUCCUCAGUCAGUGGCAGAGAGGUUUGCCACAAUGGACAAUUUCCUCCCCAAGGUCCUCCAGUAUGGAGACAACAAAAGCUCAAAUACCACAGACAACUUUGCUAAGACAUACUCCAGUGAUUUUGACAAGCAUCGAAAGAUACACUACAGUGAAGGGAAGUUCCUGAAGUCACUGAAAAAUCUGCCCACGGAGGAGGAAAGUGCUGGGGCCAGUGGCAGCAUCGGCAGCAGUAAUCAAGGUGUAGUGACAGACCAGAAGCCUAGACCUGUGGAGAAAGGCUGGGCAGGAAGACUGGCGACAGGAGUCAAAAAUGACACUGUCCUGACGACUGAUAGCCAUGUCUUAAACACCAAUGAUUCUGCUACCUGUAGAAGCCAAAACCCCUCAGCCUCAGACACUAACAUGGGGCAGCUGGCUAGUCUACAGCGCAAGGAAUACUACAGCAAAGGGAGGUAUCUGAGGUCCUCCUCCCGCCCAGAACUCAGAGAGGAUAUAGAAGAUGAAGAACAGGACAGUCCUUCAGGUUUGACCUGGGUUACUGAGAAUCCCAAAGGCACUCCAGUCAACGGGUCACAGGUGACGCCCAACUGUUGGGCUAAGGGGCCGAAGUGCCGAAGUCCAGGGAGCUCAGAAAUGGAACAUGGAAGUAACCAGAACCCUUCAAGCUGGAACGGGCGUAGACGUGAGCCCGGGCCAAGAUGAAAGCUUGCGGCUCCAGUGGACUCAGGAAAAAGAACCUAGACCUUGGAAAAUGUAGUCAACUGGGGUGGGGUGAGGGUAGCCGUCCCUCCUCUCACCACUCUAAUGGACAAUAAAGAGAACAUCAGGAA